AUGUCGCGCAGAGGCUACGGCUCCUCCAAUUGGCAGGGCUCGCACAACCCCAAUAUGGCCCCUUUACCACCAAGACCGCGCGGUGGCAUUGGCAGCUCCAACGCGCCAAGCUACAACCACUCUUCUGCCUCUCCUCACUCUGGUUACGGUAGUCCAAAUGUGCGCAGUACACCGUCCUUUGCCGACACACGCAGCCCCCAUCCCGAGCAGGCUCCGUCCUCUGCUUCUUUGUCGGGACCCGAAGUCGCGACUACGCUCUUUGUCGGCAGCAUUUCCCCUGGCAUUCCCGACAGCUGGCUCACUCAGCUCCUCGAGGCGUGUGGUAAUUUGCGCUCGCUCAAACGUGCAUCCAAAUCAUUCGGGUUCGCCGAGUACGCCGACCCUGACUCGGUGUUGCGCGCCAUCGAGGUUCUUCAAGGACGAGAGUUGCCUUCCAUGGGAUCAGAAGCAUCGGCUCCACCCAAAAAGUUACUCGUCAAAGCCGACGAACGCACGAAGCGCUUUCUGGAAAAGUACCAGCAGAAUCGUGUCGCUUCUUCCGAAGACAAGGCGAGGGAAAGCCGGGCGCUGUCUGCAGUUAAGGACAUCGUGCGUCAGAUGUCGGAUCCCAACGCAAAAGUCGAGACCGACCCGUCCAAGCCUGGCUACGUCGUCCCCGACCACUUGAAGGAUCUGCCGCCCGAGGAGCUGCCAGAAGACCAGCGUGCUACCGUACUUUCGGAGAUCGAGCAAUUUCGUCAGGCUGCUGCUGCAAGAGAUGCCGAGACAAGAAGGAGAGAAGCGGAAUACGAGAGGCAAAGGGCGGUCGAACGCGCGAGGAGAGAAAACUUGCAAGCCCAGGCCGCAGCCGCAGCAGCAACACCAGCAUCCUCGUCUUCCUCUUCAUUACGCAACGGCCGAUCGCUCGACGACCCGCAAAGUUACCGCAGACCGCUCGACUUUCACGCAGCCAGCUCUUACGAUUCCAAGACCGAUUCUGCACGCGAACCAGAGGAUGCCGACGAGAUUGAGGAACAGCAGCGUCAAGAACGCAAAAAGGCUGCGGCGCAAGCUGCGGCAGCCGAUGCAGAGCGAGCAUACCUUGCACGCGAACGUCAACGUCUUGCGCAUUGGGAAAAGGAGCAGGACAGGCAACAAGCCGAAACUGAGAAAUGGGAACGCGAGAAGGUCACACUGCUGCGCAGAUACGAGGACUGGGACGACGACAGUGCUACGCGCAAGGAGCUCUUCUAUACUGAUCGACAUCGCUGGCGUCAGUUCCGUGCAUCUGCAAGGCGCAGAGAGGAGGAGGCGGAUGACCGUGAUCGUGCAGCCGAAGCCGAAGAAAAGGAACGCGCCCAGCAAGAGGCGGACAAGUUCUUGGAGUUGCAAGCUGCAGAGAUGGCCAAACUUACCGAACAGCAGCGCGCGGCAGGCGUGCUGGUGCAGGAGGGAGGAGCGCUUGCGCCGAUCAAGCUCAACUUUGCAGGCAGCGGGGCAAAAGCGGACAAUGCAGACGCUGCUACUGGUAAUAGUAGUGGUGUCGCUGCCAAUGCGACGAAUGGCGCUGGUGUGCCACAUACUGCUGGUGCUGUGCUUGGUGAGGCCGAGGAAGACGAACACAGCAAACGUACCGGCCGACUCAAACACAUCAAGCUUGGGAACGAUCUGUCGGAAGAAGAGAGGGCGGUCAAGUUGACGCAGCUGGCAGAGACGCUGCCCAAGGAGACCGCGGGCUUGUUUGCACAGGUGCCCAAGUGGGAGUGGGUGGAUGAGAGGCUGAUUCAGAACAAGUACAGGCCUUGGGCGGAUGCCGAGAUCGAGGAGAGUCUGGGCGAGAAGGUGGAGGAGCUUGUGACUGUGAUCAUCGAAGCGUUACAGAAUCGGUCGAGUGCGCAAGCGCUGGUGGAGCAGGUUGAGCCGGUUCUGGCGGAAGAAGCAGAGGCGUUUGUCGACAAGCUGUGGCGCCUCGUCGUUGUCGACUCGCUUGCAGCAGCUGAAGGAAUCACCGUAUAA